AUGAACGAGACCGCUGCAUCUCCCUUUUCUGGCAUGCAGCAGAAUCACAGACAGCCCCAGCGGCGUGGUCCGAUCGAAGGGCCCAACGGACGCAGGUUGAUUCGUAGAGUCACCUGGCGAUCUUCCACCUACAAGCUGAUGGCAUCGCUCUGGGUGCUGGGUGUCCUCUACAUCGUCUGGCUUAUCCGCGAUAUCUUCUAUCUUCCCUUCACGCCCUCGACGUCCAACCCCGCCGUUGCUGCCAACGACUGGUUGGCUCAGUUCGUGGGCCGUCAAGGAUGUGGCAUUUCUUCUCUGUCCCUCUACCAGCCCCCGCAGGACAGCGACAGCCAUAUUCCAAGCAAAUCAUACUGCCAGACAAAGGAUUCGCUACUCAGUGCCAUGAGCAAUGGUGGAAGGCAUGGGUUUGACGCGUCCUAUACUUCACAAGGCUGCUUGUACCACUGGUAUACCAGUUCUCAAGUGUGUGAUAUCCUGCACAAGUUCGAUGGUGUGGUUUUUGUUGGCGACAAAUCCCUUGCGGAUGUCUAUGCUGGAUUGAACAUCCUUCUUCGCGAGAACAUGGAGGUUGGGUCUCUGAAAGAAUGGCAGAUUGAUGAAGAGCUUGGCUACAAGUGCAGCUGUGACUCGCAGUUCACUGAUGCCUCAUGCCUCCCGCUGCGAAUUGCCUCAAGUGAUGAAUUAUAUGAGCAGGAGGGCAAGACAACUCAGAGCCCGUACAUUUGUCCAACUCGUGAGCAUUUUAACGCCUAUCCAUUUUUAUCUCAUCCAAUGCGUUUAGUCUCAGAUGCUGAUCAGACAUGCCAUUCAGGAAUUUAUCAUAGCUUUGUCACCACAACUGGCUCACCUGCCUCAAAGAGUCACCAUGAAAAUUUCCGUCAAUUUAUCACCGAAGCGGGCGAAAAGAAAAAGCCUAUUCCUGUGAUUCACAGCCUCUCGCUUUCAACCUCAUAUUCCUUGCCCAUAGCUAAGGACAGCAUGGACGAAUGGGUAGCACUGGCAAGAUCUAGCGGACGAACAACCCCUUUCCUCUGGGUAGGACCCACUGCACCCGGUCACCAAAGGCCUCCUGGAGAUAAUGUCCAUGCGAAAAGCUGGCAGUAUACACUGGAUACCACCAAAGCAGCUCAUAGUAGACAGAUGGAUGUUCUUGGCAUGUAUAACGCCACGCUGCAGGCUGAUAGUUGGGAUGGAGUGCACUACGGAGAAAAGGUGGCUCUGAUGCAGGCGAUGAUGAUCAUCAAUUGGCUGUCGGUGAUCUAG